AGUAAAAUUAAUGAAAGCAUAACAAGCAGCAACUUUGUUAUUAGAAGAAACACUUUUUCAAGUAGAUUUAAGAGCAGAAUAACUUAAAAGUUAUUUAGAGAAAGUUACUAAUACAGUUAAUGGUCAUUCAUCAUAUUUAAAUAACUUAUAAGUUCAAUUGAAUCAAGUACUCAAAUUAUAAGAUGUAUUAAAAUCAUUUAAUAGUUUUAUAGUAUGAAACAUAUUUAUAGAGAACAGCUAGAUCUAUGUCUUUACGUGAUCAAGAAUUUGAACAGUAAGUUUCUUUUCAGUUGGAAAAACCAUUAGCUGAAAAUGGAUCAGAUUAAAUAGAGAAUGCUAUUUGUAUGGUUAUAAACAAAGAAAGAGUAUUCAGUUAAGGAAUGUCAUAUCUAUUUAAACGAAGUAAAGAUUGGGAAGCUAAAUUAAAUAAAUUAGAGAGUGAUCUUAUGAAAAGAGCAUUGAAGGAUGAAUUAGAAAAGGGUUUGAAGGAACAAAAAACUAAAUUGUCAGAUCAAAUUGAAGAUUUGAAUAAGAAGCUUACUAAACGAUUUUAGGAUUAAGAAAGAUUAGCAACUUAAAAUUAAAAUCAGUUACAAUAAAGUAUUAAUGAAUUAGAGAAAAAAACAUUAUGGAAAAUAAGUGAUUGUGAAAAAUUAUUGUAGUAAAGAAUUAAUGAUAAAUUUGUGGAAACUUCAUGUUAAGGUGUUUAUGAUAGAGUUAUGAGAGAUAUUGCAAAAUAAAAAGAUGAAGGAAUCAAAGCUGUAUAAAAUGAAAUAGCUGAAUUAAAAGCUAAAUUUUAAUAUAAUGAAGAAAGAAAUUAAGACAAUUUUAAAUCAUUGAGAAUUUAAUUAAAAGAAAUGAAUGAUACUAUGUAAUAAAAAUACACUCCUCUAGAAAAAUUUGAUUAAACUAAGUAAAUUUUAAAUGAUAGAACUGUUGAUUUAUAAAAUAAAGUUGGAGAAUUGUCUAGAAAAAUGGAUGCUAUUCUUUAGUUAGAAAAAUUGAUACCAUAAAUUAAAUCUAUGGAUGAUAAAAUAGCUGAAUGUUAAUAUAGAGGUGAAUAAAAUAGAAAAGAUAUAGAAGAAUUAAAAAUUAAAACUGAAAAUUUUGAAGGUUCAUCUAAAGGAGGAAAAAGUGAUAUUGAUCCUCAUAAAGUAUGUUCUUUAGAAGCAGAUAUUAAAAGAUUAAAGAGUGAUUAUACUGAUUAAGAAAAUAAAUUAAGAUUAUUAGAAAAUGAAUUAAAACGAAAAAUCGAUGUAAAUGAAUAAAGAUUCCUUUAAUAAUUGAAUCUUUUAAAAUCAGCUCCUUAAUAAUAAUAAUUAUCUAAAGAAGAUGUUAUAUCUAUUAUUGAUAAGGAGAUAUCAUAACCUAUGAGCUUAUUAAGAGCAAGAAUAUUGUAAAUUAUAGGCUAAGCUUGUGGAGAAAACAUGUCUUUUGAAAUGUUUAUUAGAAAUCUUUUAAAUGAUAUUGCUGAUUUGAAAAAGAAAAUGGAAGGAAUUUAAGAUCUUGAUAAGAAAAUGAGAAAGUAUAUGAAAUAAAUGACAUCAAAUGAUAAUACUGAUUUGUAGAAACAACUGGCAGAGUAUGUAUAUAAGUUUAUACUUUAGAAAAGCAAAUGAAGAAGAUACUAAAGCUAAAUUCACUGCUUUAGAAGAAAAAUAUAAAACUAUGGCUGAAAAUUAUGGUAUCUUAGCCAAAGGAAUGAAAGAAUUAGAAGAGUUCUCUAAUUAUCUUCAAACAUUACUUUAGUAAUUAUAAUUCCUAUCUUAAGUGUUAAUCAAUAAGAGACCGUGAGCAUCUUAACUGGAAAUCAUCGUGUUGUUACAUAGAGAUGCUUAGUUUGUUCAGGAAAAACUAAAUUAACAAAAACUGUAGAUGUAAUAAUUAUUUUUUUAAAAUAGAAAAGUUAAGAUUUGAAUUAAGCUAAAUUAGUUAGGGGAGAUUUGAGACCUAAAGAUUUGCUUUAUGAAAAUUCUGAAGUCUAUGAACUAAGUAUAUUUCAUUCUCAAUUUUAGAUCCCAAUUAAGUAAACUAUACUUCAGAUAAUUAAAAAUAUGUUGGAACUACUGUUGGAUUCAAAUAUCCAAUGCUUAAUUAAAAUAAAGCAAGUAUUAACGCAAUUUCUAAUUUCAUUUUUAGAUGAUCCUUCCUCUAGUUCUGGUAGAAUGAUUAGACCAUAGAGUGCUACAUAAAAAAAAUAUUGAAUUUAUUAAACAC